UUUGCGAAUUCCCCAUCCUACAUGAAGACGUUCGUCGUUGCCGCCGUUGUUGCCGCUGUCCAAGCGUUCCAAAGCGACGAAACGGCCAACUUGAAGGACGUUGCCGCGUUCGUGCAGUAUAUGGCAGACUAUGACAAGGACUACCGACAUCACGGCGAUGACCACCCGUUGGUCAUGAAGCGGUUCAAGGCGUUCCAAACGAACCUGCGCCGUAUCGAAGAACACAACCGAGGCUACGACUCGGGCGAGCACACGUUUGCCUUGGGGUUGAACCACUUGGCCGACUUGACCGACGACGAAUACAAGCGCAUGCUUGGCUUCAAACGAUCGGGAGCCCCCAGUCGUGCGACGUCUACGUACGUGAACCAAAAUGACGGCGUUCCCGACUCGUGGGACUGGCGCAAGCACAACGCCGUGACUCCUGUGAAAAACCAAGGACAAUGCGGUUCGUGCUGGGCAUUUUCGGCCGUGGCGUCGUUAGAGAGUGCGUAUGCUUUGUCGACGGGAACUCUCGAAUCGUUUUCGGAACAAGAACUUGUGGACUGUGUCGACGGCGGUGCCGACGAUUGCAACCACGGCGGGGAAAUGUCGCAUGGAUUCGUUGAGAUCAUUCAAAAUCAUGGCGGGAAAAUUGACAAGGAAGCCGACUAUCCCUACACAGCGCAAUCCAAGGGCAAGUGCUUGGCCAAGGACGACAAAGCGAUCGGCCACUUCACCUCGUACGUGAACGUGACGUCGGGCGACGAAAAUGCGCUCAAAGCAGCGGUUGCCAACCACGCCGUGGUGUCGGUCGCAAUCGAUGCCUCGAGCUUUUUGUUCCAGCUGUACCGCCACGGUGUGUUUUCGUGGUCGCUGUGCAAGAAUGGAUACGACGAGCUCGACCAUGGUGUUUCGGCUGUGGGGUACGGCAACUACAAGGGCAAGGACUUCUGGCUGAUCAAAAACUCGUGGGGCACGGGGUGGGGCCUCGAUGGUUACAUUCUGAUGUCUCGCAACAAGAACAAUCAGUGUGGUAUUGCGACCGACGCGUCCUUUGUGGUCAUGCCCAAGGCAACCAAAGUGGCCGACGCCUCCAAGGUCCAAGAUGCCUCUACUUUCGACAUUGAGCAAGACUUGUACUGGUCCACAUAAUUCCAUCGUCAUUCUCCCUAGUUUUUGGGCUGCACUUGUUUGUGUGGGUGCACGAGAUAAAUACGUGGGGUUUUGGUUCUUCUCGGCAGCCAACGAAACACUAUUUCCAGAAGUGGUGC